CGUGCCGCAGUAACAGCAAAAUGUUGGUAACGAUGUGUUUGUGUCGGUGUUGCAAUGGAUUGUUUGAAGAUGAUCUAUGCCUUGCAGAACACAUCCGUGAAUGUGACGGUGACGCCUUUAAGUCUCCUGCACAGCUAUUUGCUUGUGAAAGGGACCGUUUCCUGGCUUUGGUUGCUUCUUCUAUUUUACCUUCUGAAGAAUUUGAAACGAUACGCUUGGCAGCAAACGAAUGUUGGCAAACGAAGUCGUCUGCUAGCCAACAUGCGAAUAAAGGUUCUGAUUUACCAGAAUUAAGCAAGUUAGUAUCGGAUAAUCUUUGUUUUUUAAAUAGCAGUGAAGAUGUUUGCUUAGAAGCAAAGCAUGGAGGAAAAGAUGUUUCAGUGGAAGAAUUUGAAGAAUUCAAAAGUGGGAGUGAAUCUGAGGGACUUGUAUUGGAAAACAGCAUGCACUGUGAAACUCAGAGUUUUAACUGUGUUGACGAACAAGUCCAAAACACUUGUUCCUUAGAUUUGUGCAAUUCAUCUGAUUCGGAAUAUAUUCAGUUCUCCUCAGAAAAAUCUGUGAAUGAUGGACUCAACAGCGUGGAGAAUUCGCAGCUAAAAGACUCAGUUUCCAAUAUGGAUAAUUCAACGUCCACAUUAUUAAGCAUUUUAAAUACAUCUGAUUUAAGAAGUACUCAGAUUACAUCAGAUUCUUGCAUAUUUUUAAACAGUUGUUCAAGUUUAGUACAGAAACCCAGAUCCACAAGCAAAGAAUCACUUGAUGAAACUGCGAAUACGCAGGUCACCAAUGAUGAAACACUUCAGAGCAAAGAAAUUUGUCAUGUUACAUCGCAGAGUGCUUAUGCUUUGCUUCAAAGCAUUGCUGCUGCUUCGGGAAUGAAACAACAACAGAGCUGCAUUGCUGAGCUUGGUGAGUCCCAGAAGAGGGAAAACUCCACAAAACAGAAACAUCUUAACUCAAGGACAGAAAAACUAGUUGAUAUCCAUCAGUCUGUUGCUUGCAACAUGAAUAGUGAAGGCAGGCCAGUGUCUCGUCAAAAAAAGACUGCCUCAGCAGGGAACAAGGCAAAGCUGGAGGCUAUGAAACAAGAGAUUUUGCCCCUUUGCACUUUGAUUCCCGUGGAUACAGAUUUACAGUUAGAAACCAAGUUCAGAUGUAAUCUUUGUGGCCAUACUUCAGUGCAUGUUGCAGUAAUGCAUAGACAUCUGCAGCAAACACACAACAAUGGAGGUGAAUUUCAGUGUGAUCAGUGCAACUACCGAUGCAACAGACGGAGUAAAAUGACUCAGCACCAAGCACGCCACUCGCAGAAACUUCUCUGCCAUCAGUGUACAGCUACUUUUGUGGACAUGUCAUCUCUAAACAGACAUGUAAUGUGCAAGCAUACUGAUAACUCUGUGCUUAAAUGUCACUUAUGUGAUUUUGUAGCCCCUCAUUCCAGCGGUCUGACAGAACACUUGCGAAAACAUACAGGAGACAUGCUGUCUUGCAAUUUCACUGGCUGUAAUUAUCAAACCCCAUAUCAGAGAGCUCUACGUGUGCAUCAACGACGCCACACAGCAGAUAAGACAUUUACCUGUAACUUGUGCAACUAUCAAACUCCAGAGUCUUACUGUCUCACUAGACACCUCAAAACACAUGAAAAAUCGCGUCCAUUUAAAUGUAGCAGCUGUUCAUUUACUGGAAUCACCAGGUAUGAGGUACUACGUCACAUUCGAAGCAAACAUUUCCAGCAAAAACGAUUUGCCUGUGAUAAAUGCAGCUUUCGUACGUCUUAUGCCAACAGCAUUGUUAAACAUUUACUUGGUCACAUGGGUUCUGCGGCAAACUUGUAUGCCUGCCCUGUUUGUCAAGAGCAGUUUAACUCCACCACUAGGGCUAAGAAGCACAUGCAGAGACAACAUGGAAGAAAUGAUAUGAAUGUGCUGGUGCUUCAAGAGCCAGUGAAAAUUAAUGUUGCGGACUACCUCUGCAUUGACAAUGGUCCUGUUAAUGAUGUUGCUGCUGUGGAAAGUGACUGUUCAGGUAUGCAGCUACCAACAAACAUUUCAGAUGGAAUACCCGAAGAUGCUGAUGUUAGUGCAUCUGUUGACCCCAUGAAGCUCAGUUUUCACUUCAGUGAUUUGGUGCCACCGCCACCAUUGCCAAGCAAUGCUGUUAGCAUCACUCGCUCCAGCUCUAUCCCAGAUCUCUUCACAUUCUCUGGAAUGACCUCCAGCAUGCGUUCUAGCUCACAGUCUGAUCUCUUGACUUUUUCUGGAAUCAACAUCACUCGUUCAAAUUCCAUGUCUGACCUGGUGUCUUUUGCCAGCAGCAUGUGUGGUGAAAGCAGUGGACCCCUUCACAUGGAUGUCAGCCUGUCCGAUGCAACAGCUCCUUCUGUGGACAUGCCAGCUUUAUCCCUGGUGGAUGGAACUCAAGUGUCACUUGGUGAAGAAACCAGGCCAGAAUCUCCAGGUGUCGUCCUUGCAAUACACUGUUCAAACUGCUCAGCCUUAUUGAUUAACGAAGAUGAUGUGGAUGCUCACAACAGAACCUGUAAUGGACUAGUCCAAAUUGUGUAGUUUCUUAAUCAUGCAUAAACCUUCUGUUUUACCUCUAUCUCUGGUACAUUUAUAUUAUGUAUCCAUUUUUUUAAAAAUCAGGUCUCUGGACAAGAAACAUUUCGCAUGGACAGGAAUGUUUGACAAUUUUGCUUUGUGCCCCUAACCUCUUUUAGUCAGCUAUUAGUAAUGCCUUCCAUCUUCCGUACUGAAAAUGUAGGCAUGGUUUUAUGGUCACCAGAUAAUUGAUAUUUUGAUCCAGUUGACCAAAAUUAUUCUAUUGAAGCCAACAUCAAUGAGCUUUAUAUUUUAGUUAUGGAAGAGGCUUGAUGUAAGACAAGAUUUAUGUCAUGGUGUAAACCUGUUUAAAAGAUGACUUUGAUAGUUCAAGUAAGGUGUUUACAUGCAAGCUGCUAUUUUUGUCUACUAUAUGAUUGCAAAAAUGUGUUACAGGCCAACUAGAUAUGAGGAAAUCUCUCCACUUUCAAGCUGGGAAACUUUAAAGAAUACCCUUUGUUACAACAGAAAUGCUCGUUCAGGGUAACUUUAAGAAAUCGGAAUGUAAACUUUCUUGGCAGACUCUGCAGUCUGGAAGCUCUCUCUAGGACAGUCAGAUUAAAGCAUACUUGUGACAUGCCAUACCUUCAUUCCAUUGCAUUUAAUACAUUCCAGCACAUUUUUUAUACCUUACUUUUGUAAAAUAUCGUAGUUGUAGUCUUGGAGAGACUGUCUCUGGUUUUUUUUUAAGUCAUGAAUUUAAAUGUAUAGCUAGCUAUACAAAUCUGUUAAUUUUCAUGGUAAAUCAGUUGAACAUUGCUUUUUUAUUAUUAAUAUUUGCAGAAGCACAGAAAAGGAUGAACACAGCAUUUUUGUCUUGCUUUUAGUACUGAGGUUAAAUUUUUACCUCAACUUGAAAUGCUUGUUAUGCUCAAGUAGCGAUCUUAAAAGACAACAUGAGUGGUCAGCAAAAAUUGCUGGAAAUAGAGCAUAAAGUACCACAGAAAAAUAUUCCAGUGGUAUUUUAUGACAAAGAAGCACAAGAAGUAUAUUAAUGUUUUUCUCUUAAUCACACCUGGAUUUGUCGAUAUAGCAGGAAGUGAUGAAAGGGUAGCAUCUCAAAAAAUAGCAUCAUCUGCAUGCGCUGAAUUUGAAGAGGAAAGAUGCAAUGCUCAGUAAAAGAAGACAGAGCAGGACACAAUAUGCUGCUGCCGAAUGUUCUCUUUGAACCUCAGAUAGAGUUAGAUUGUACUCAUUUAGGAAAUUCUUUGUUCAAACCUGUCAUGCAAACUUUGUCCCCACACUGAACUGAAGAAUCUGCUCAAAACAAAAUUGAUUGUUAUCCAGUCAAGUACAGUCCAAGUACAGUCCAAGCAAGUCUUGGACUUUCAGUAAAAUGAAGAGAUCCUCUUCCCACAGCAGUGCCAACUAUAAAAAGCUGAGCUGCUAAAACCAACAACAAUUGCUGGUAAAAAGCUUAAACAAAGAUCAAGCACCAGAUGUGCAACAUCGAUGCUUUCUACACUGCUCUGAUCUACAAAUAAUGUUGUGACAGAGUCACAAACACAUUAUCAGCCAUAACAUUGUCUAGCAAAAUGCUAAAAACUGACAGUGUGAGAGCACCAUCCCAGCCUGCAAAGCUAGUUGGCUAGUAAUGGUGGUGGUACUAAAGUGGUGGAGAGGGUGCUAUUCUAGUGGGAUAAUCACUUCAGGCCCAUGUGGCCGCCACUUACAAACCCACCAUGAGCCGAUGUAGGGCCCAUUUUAAGCCGAAGUAGGGUUGAGUUGGGGCCCUAUGAACUUUUGCAGAUUGGGAUUGGUGUGUGUGUGUUCGAAACAGAAAAAGAAGAGUAACAAACAUUAGGAGCUUUAAUGGGAAUGGGCAAGUAAGUAUUAGCAAAUUUAUAGCAUGGAGCUGAAUGAGGAAAAAAUAAAUUUUGAUGUGGAGAAGAUUUACCAGUCUGUUGAAUGAAUUAGGUUUUGACUUUUCAAUUCUUUUUCAAAUCUGUUGGGCUGUAUUCCAAAAUCAGCUGUUUCAUUUUCAAGGUAAAAAAUUGUAUCUUGAACAGUUUACGCUAUUUAUUAUUAUAUUCUUAGUGGCAGGUGUGAAUGGGGUAUAUCUUGAAAAUUAGGCAUAAUUAUGUACUCACAUUUGGGGAAUUGUUUUAAAAUGAUCAUAAAGAAAAAAUGUUGCAUGGGUUGUCCUUUAAAAGGCUUUUCAUGAUAGAAUAAUUUGUUAAUACCAAUUCAACAAAUGCAUUGUUUUGAUGUUAGAGUACUGAUGCUUGAAAACAUUCCAAUUUACAGAAUAAAGGUUUUCAAAAUUA